AGUGCCGGAGUCGGCGCCCGGCGCUCCAGCGUGGGGACGCCUUGGGGGGAUGCGGCGCCCACGAAGGAUGCGCCCCCCUCCCCGACCCCGCGCGCGCGCUUUAUGAUGCCAGUCACUGAGCAAGACUGAGCAGCCUUGAAGCUGGGGGUGAAUGGACCAGCUACCCAUUGAAGGACUCGAGGUGGGUGGGAAAUGCUUAGUCAGCAGCGCGGGAGAACGCUAAGUGGGGCGCUGGCUCCCGCUUCCGGGUCCAAUACCAGGCUCCAGCACCGAGGAUAGCGCCGAACUCUCCGCGCCCCUUCCCCAGCGCGCUCCCUCCUCACCGCGGACGCCGCCCCAGCGCAGACUAGUUGCCAUCCCUGCCGGCAGCAGCUCCGGGAUUGGAGCACUUCCUCCUUCGUACAGCACCGGGGACAGCGCCCUUCAUCCGCCUUCCUGGGGGGGCGAGGAAUCGUCUUCAUCCCCAGCCUGUUCCUGCUCCAGCUCCAGCCUCCUGGCGCACCGGCAGCGUGGCUCCUCCACGCUGGCACAACAUGGCAACCGAGGUCCACAAUCUCCAAGAACUCCGGCGAAGUGCCUCGUUGGCCACCAAGGUCUUUGUGCAGCGGGACUACAGUGAUGGGACCAUGUGCCAGUUCCAGACCAAAUUCCCCCCUGAGCUGGACAGCCGGAUUGAGCGGCAACUUUUUGAGGAAACAGUGAAGACCCUCAACAGUUUCUAUGCAGAGGCUGAGAAAAUUGGGGGCAGCUCCUAUCUGGAAGGAUGCCUGGCCUGUGCGACAGCCUACUUCAUCUUCCUCUGCAUGGAGACCCGCUAUGAAAAGGUUCUGAAGAAGAUCUCCAAGUACAUUCAGGAGCAGAAUGAGAAAAUUUAUGCUCCACGAGGACUGUUGCUGACAGACCCAGUGGAAAGGGGCAUGCGGGUUAUUGAGAUCUCCAUCUAUGAGGAUCGCUGCAGCAGCUCCAGCUCCGGCAGCUCCAGCAGCAGUAGCGCCAGCAGCGCCGGGGGCGGAGGUGGGGGCCAAGGGGGCCGGUGACUGGCACAGAGUCCCGGCAGGGACUUGUACUGCCGGGACGACGGUGUCUCCGAGGUCCGCAGGCUGCACUAUCAGAGCACUCGCUUCUGAGCUCCCCCAGGGGGGUUGGGGUGCCAACAAAGAGCGUGGUGACACUCCUGGGCUCUGGGGCAAUCGGUGGGGGGCAAAGUCCUUCUUCAAGGGUGCUCGAGCUUGACCUCUGUCCAAAGGGGCCUCACUCCCAUGUGAGCCCGCUCACUCUCGGCGUCCGGGGCCUGGAUACUUGAGGACACAAAUGCUUCCUGGAGGCUCCUGGGGACACUGACCCCCCUCCCCCCGUCAGGGUCCCCUUGGAUCAGUCACUGCCUGAAGUCUGCCCUCCCGAGCUUUGGGCCCAUUAUCCUGACUGACAGAGCCCUCUUGCUAAAGGCCUAAUGACUGACAAAGAUCAAUCCAGCCUGGUGGGAUGGGAUGGGAGGGGGUGAGGCCGGGUGGGGGAACUGGUGUGUGGUGUGGGACCCUCCCUGUCACCGUUCUUCCCCUGAGCGCCACUCUCCUGUUUCCUCCCACAUGGCACGGAGACCAUCCUGGCUCCUGCCUUGGCCUGCUGCUCUGCAUGUCCCUCUCCUGGCCCUUGUGGCACGUUAUGUGCAUAAAGCAUUCAGCAUCCACAGUGCUAGGGUGCUGCUGAUGUCUCCGGUGCCUGCCCCUGCCCCUGCCCCUAUUAUAUACUAGACCCUACAGUGUGGGUACCUGUUUUGGCAAAAGCAUGUCCUCUCACUGAUGCUAGGAGGGUCCGUGUACUCGUGCCCUGUGUCCUCUAGUCCCUUCAGGGCACUAGGAGGGUGGGAGGUGCUUCUGUCUUCUCCUGUGGGGUAGCAGCAUGGAUACUACUGAGGACUGUAUAUUCUUCUGCAUUUGGAAGAGAUGGUGCCACAGCGGCUCUGAGCAACUCCGGUGGGUUUCAGUGAAUUCUGGGAACAUGGAGAGCAGUAGAAGAUGGAGAAUGUUGUUGGAGGUGCUUGGAGGGAAGUGAGUCUGACUCCUUCCAUGCUCAGUCCAGUACAAUAUGCAUCAUUUUUAAAUAUAUGUGUAAAUAUAUAUUGCUGUUGCCCUAACAACCAAAGUUCUAGCCUCACCCCUCUGCACAGUUUUCUGGCAAGCAGGAUGAAGAGGAGGAGGAGGCCACUCCAAAAGUGGGGGUAAUUCUCUCUGUCCUGUCACACCGGAUCCCCUCCUUCCCCAACAAAUACACGGGUGUUCUAUGGCAUCACUUUCUCACCUGCACGCACAGGUUGCUUUCUGGUUGCAUGUACCCUCUCCCUUCCCACGUAAAUAGCUCUCUGUGUCCCACAUGUGUCUGAGAUGCUCUUGACAUUGGGGCUACAGCACCAUUCCCCUGUCUCCCCAUCCCCCUCCGCCCCAUGCUGCUCUGUGAACCAAGCUGGGAAGGUAAGGAUAGAAGACCGUGCCAGCUUUCCCAAUGAAUAGGCCUCCGAGAACCAUGGGUGAAGCCCACCACCACUUCCAGCAAUAGACAGCAGCUCCUUCAAUGCUUCCAAUGUCUCCAACGUCUCCAAAUACUUUGAUUUCAAAACAAGACCUCUAUCCUUUUGACGGUGGGCAGGGAUUUGGAGAAUGACCAGCCCCUGUUUUGUGCCACAAGGGGAUGGGAAAGCUUCAAGGACCAUAGAGGUUUUCCCCGCAUGAGCCUGGGAGGACUUCCCCCUGUGCCCAGAUGCCUUGAGCGGCUGCUCCCCACGCCAAGUGUCAGACAUUCCUUGUGCCAUAUGGAUCUGGUCUUGGUUGUGCCCUUCUGUUUCUACAUGGAAACCUCUGACAAUAAAUGGCAAGUGAGAGUCUA